AUGCGGCUGUCGUCGACCAUGUCUCACCACUGUCUCCUCGCCCCGAUACAGGAGUGCCCUGCUGGUUACUUCAUGAAGGACAUUAAGCUGGCCGUGCUGGGCACAGGGAGCAUGGGGAAGAGCGCUAUGAUUGUCCGCUACCUAACCAGGAGGUUUAUUGGCGACUAUGAACCCAACACAGGGAAUCUGUAUUCAAGACUUGUUCAUGUGGAAGAUGACCAAAUUUUCUUGCAAAUUCAAGACACCCCAGGAUGUAUUGAGCUUCAAGAAGACAUCCCGCAGAUGUUGGAUUCACUUUCCAGGUGUCUAAAGUGGGCGGAUGGUUUUCUUUUGGUGUAUUCCGUUACAGACUGCCGUAGCUACCAGUCUAUCCGUCCCCUCUUUGAACAGAUCUGGAAGAGCCGUCCAGACUCUAAAACCCCUGUUAUUAUAGUAGGCAACAAAGCGGACUUGACUCAUGCCAGACAAGUAGCAGCAAAGGAUGGCCUACAGCUGGCCAAUGAACUGGACAGUGUCUUUCUAGAAAUCUCCACUAGUGAUACUUCCAAGUCCAUUUCCAAUGUUAUUUUAGGGCAACAACCUAAGGAUAGGUGGAAAAAUGAUCUUAGAUGA